GAGUUUUGAGCUCGCUUGAAGAACGGGUGAAGGGAGGGAGACGUAGGUUUAAGGAGGGUUUAAUGGCACCCACCCUGAUUCUCUUCUCCAUUUUCCCACUACUUUGAAAAUUUUAACUUCGCUUUGAGUUCUUCGUCUUCAAGUUUGUUUGCUCAGCUUCUCACUUUUCGAAACUUCUUCGGAGAAACUACAUAUGUUUACCAUCACAUUUUUUUCUUUUUCUUAUCCAUCAACUGCCUUUUGAAGUUUUGAAGAAGAAACUGAGCCUGUGGCCGAACAGCAGGAGAAGCUAGCCAAAGAUCAUGACAGAUUGAAGAAAAAAGUCACCAAGCUGAUGAAACAAUAGAAAUUGCAGCAAGUAAAUUUGAUAGUCAAGGAGCACGAUGAUUUAAAGCUUUGGGGCCAGGAGGCUCAUGUGAAGGUUUUUGUUUUUCAUUUUCUGUCCACUGUCUCAAUUCUGGUUCGUAUUACCUUCCAGCUUGGAUGCUGUUUGGUUCAGUUGUUGAUGGAAACAGCCUAUAUUCAACCUCCAGUUGAUCAGUUAGGGGAUGGUCUACUUGAUAUUCGCCCUGCCUUUGUCAACUAUUAAAACCCAUUGGUUUGCUAAACCCGACGACAAGAAGGCAGGUUUUCUCCCAAUCCUGCUCACGUUUCCAUGCUUAGCCGUGCUCAUCAAUGUAAGCCAUUACAUUGGAUAUUCGCUUCUCUUAGUUCUGUCAUCCUUGCUAGGCCUUCAGUUUCAGUGUCUGCCGCCCGGCUUGAACCGGCAACCGUCACUACCUCUUUCGUUUCGGAUCAGAACGACUCAGUUCGGGAAAUUCUCAUAGGUUUGAAUUCCCUUGGGUUUAGAGCCUAUGUUGGUGGGUGUAACUUUCGAACUGUUGUUUCUACUUUGAGUGAGACUGUAGUGGAUGGUGUUCUUGAUCGCUUGAGAACUCUUAAGCCUGAUGUUGCUGUGGCUUUUUUCUAUUUUUUAAUAAACGAGUACGGAUUUCGGCAUUCUAUAUUCUCUCAGUUUGUUGUUUCUCAUAUUUUAGCGGGUAAAGGACGAUUCAAGGAGUUGGAUUCCGUUAUAAAGAAUUUGAUUGUGGACCAAGGGUUGGGUUCUGCGUCUAUCAUUUGUGAUCUGCUCUUGGAAAAAUUCAGGAACUGGGAUUCAAAUGGUUUGGUAUGGGAUAUGCUGGCAUUUGCGUACUCUAGACAUGAAAUGAUCCAUGAUGCCCUCUUUGUCAUUGCAAAGAUGAAGGAUCUAAAUUUCCAAGCUUCAGUUCCAACUUAUAACUCUCUAUUGCAUAACAUGAGGCACACUGAUAUUAUGUGGGAUGUAUAUAAUGAGAUCAAAGUUAGUGGAGCUCCUCAGAGUGAAUGUACUACCUCAAUUCUUAUACACGGCCUAUGUGAGCAAUCCAAGUUAGAAGAUGCGAUUUCAUUUCUACAUGAUAGCAAUAAAGUAGUUGGACCUUCUAUUGUGUCUAUUAAUACCAUUAUGUCAAAGUUUUGCAAAGUGGGACUGAUAGAUGUUGCGAGGUCAUUUUUUUGUUUGAUGGUCAAGAAUGGACUUCUUCAUGAUUCCUUCAGUUAUAAUAUUCUUCUUCAUGGGUUAUGUGUAGCAGGAUCCAUGGACGAAGCUUUGGGAUUCACAGAUGACAUGGAAAAGCAUGGUGUGGAACCUGAUGUAGUAACAUACAACACACUUGCCAAAGGAUUUCUCCUGCUUGGUUUGAUGAGUGGGGCUCGUAAAGUUGUCCAGAAAAUGUUGCUGCAAGGUUUAAAUCCAGAUCUUGUGACAUACACAACACUGAUUUGUGGACAUUGUCAGAUGGGAAAUAUCGAGGAAGCUCUCAAACUGCGGCAAGAAACUCUUUCGAGGGGGUUUAAGUUGAAUGUCAUUUUCUACAAUAUGCUACUUAGCUGUUUGUGUAAAGUUGGACGUAUAGAAGAAGCAUUGACAUUGUUUGAUGAAAUGGAAACUCUACGUUUAGAACCUGAUUUUAUAGUAUAUUCAAUCCUCAUUCAUGGUCUAUGCAAGGAAGGGUUUGUACAAAGGGCUUACCAACUAUAUGAACAAAUGCGCUUGAAGAGAAAAUUUCCACACCACUUUGCUCAGCGUGCUGUACUGUUAGGUCUAUUUAAAAAUGGAAAUAUAUCUGAGGCAAGAAAUUAUUUUGAUACUUGGACUCGCAUGGAUUUGAUGGAGGAUGUUGUAUUGUAUAAUAUUAUGAUUGAUGGUUACGUAAGACUUGAUGGUAUUGCUGAGGCUAUGCAGCUAUAUUACAAAAUGAUUGAGAGGGGGAUCACUCCUAGUGUUGUCACUUUCAACACUCUUAUCAAUGGAUUCUGCAGAAGAGGAGACCUAAUGGAGGCUCGAAAGAUGUUGGAAGUCAUCAGGUUGAAAGGAUUGGUACCUAGUGUGGUAACUUAUACUACCCUUAUGAAUGCGUACUGUGAAGUGGGAAACAUGCAGGAAAUGUUUCAUUUUCUUCAUGAGAUGGAAGCAAACGCUGUUGUUCCAACUCAUGUAACUUAUACUGUACUAAUCAAAGGACUUUGCAGACAAAAUAAGAUGCAUGAAUCCCUCCAGUUGCUAGAGUAUAUGUAUGCAAAGGGUCUAUUGCCAGAUUCAGUCACAUAUAACACGAUUAUCCAAUGUUUUUGCAAGGGAAAAGAAAUUACCAAAGCUCUCCAGCUUUAUAAUAUGAUGUUGCUCCAUAAUUGUGAUCCUACCCAAGUAACUUAUAAAGUACUUAUUAAUGCUCUUUGUAUAUUUGGUGACCUGAAGGAUGUUGAUCGAAUGGUAGUUUCUAUCGAGGAUCGAAAUAUUACCUUGAAAAAAGUUACUUAUAUGACAAUAAUUAAAGCACAUUGUGCAAAGGGUCAGGUCUCUAAAGCAUUAGGGUACUUCAAUCAAAUGCUGGCUAAGGGUUUUGUUAUUUCCAUUAGAGAUUACAGUGCUGUCAUUAAUCGGCUUUGCAAAAGGGGUCUAAUUACUGAAGCAAAGUACUUCUUUGUUAUGAUGUUAUCUGAAGGCGUAACUCCUGAUCCUGAAAUUUGUAAGACGGUGCUUAAUGCUUUCCAUCAACAGGGCAAUAACAGUUCAGUGUUUGAAUUCCUUGCUAUGGUGGUUAAAUCUGGCUUUAUUUCACAUUGAUCCAUUCCUCGAUAUCGCGGUUGAAUAUGACUUUAUUUCUCAUUGAUCCAUCUGAAGUAAUCGUUUGAUCACAUCGAGCUGUUCUAGAUAACUCGUCCUUUGGCACAAGGUUUCACAUGGGAUUUUCAUAGUUAGGAAGCCAUCAUUCAUUUGUUUUAUUGUGAAGAACCUUUUAAUUUAAGGGUGUAGAGGAUAAAUUUCCCACCGUGGAAUAUAUCAAACUUUAUGCCACGAAGGAAAAUCAUCUUGAUGACUCUCAUGGGCUUGAUUUCUUGCACUAGUUUUAUCGAAGGUAAGGUUAUGGCUAGACGUCAGAGAACAACAUUUUCCUUGAUGGUUCUCGUAUGAUGAUGACUGUUGUCUCCUGCAAAAUGGUAGGCCUAAACUUUGCAGGUAAUAGCUUCAGAAAUCAGCCAGUUCGAUGGACCACUCCUCUUCGAUUGAUAGUGGUGCAGCCUUGUCGGCAACUAGGAAGUCAUUCUACCAGGACUUCCUUGCAAGUGUUAUCUCUACAACGAGAAACUGACAAGGUCGUGGCUAGACGUCAGAGAACAGCAUUUCCCUUGAUGGUUCUCAUAUGAUGAAGACUGUCGUUGCCUGCAAAAGGGCAGGCCUAAAUUUUGCAGCUUCACUUCGUUUUUUUUCUUUUUCUUUUCCAACUGGGUCCUUUUACCUUAACGUACUCAGUGAAUUCCAAUGUUCAAUGGUGAUCAUAUCUCCUCUUACAAUGUUCCAUUACAGGAGUCCAUGAUUCAUAUUACAUUGUUCCAUCACAGGAGUCCAUGAUUCAUAUUGGACCCAUGCAUGUGAUGUCGAAGAACUGAAUAGUUGGGAGAAGUGGAGAAGUUCGUUGAGCUAUAUGAGGCUCCUAUUCUGGAGAAUUUAUUGGAGAACUUCUAAAAGUCUUUCCCCACGUUAAAAUUUCCUCCCUUACCUGAUGGGGGAGACUUCGAUCUCAAAGAUGUUCUGCAGUCUCCCUAUUUCUUCAACUAGUGCAACCUAAGAAUGCUUCAGUUGUAUGCUCUUCUCCUAUGUCCUACGUCGAUGGCUAAUCAGACCUAUGAAAUGGUGGUAAUAUGCGAUUCACUGAAAUCAGUCUUUAUAGGCAAGUGAAGUUUGCUUCUCGAAGGAGACAAGCGUGACCUGGCGUCAAGCGGGUCGUGGUCAGUGCUGUCUUGAUACUUAACCAUAUACUUCAGAUUUUGGUACUCUAUACAUCUCGGGACUUGGAAGUUUUUUGCUUUUCUCUUACUAAAUCUUGGAAGAGUUGUGAUAAUAAAGAAAAUGUUGCAUUCAUUUUUGGUUACUGUGUUUUAAAUUAUUGAUUCAUUCACUGUGUCAAGGGCUAAAGUAUAAUAUCUACUUCUGUUGGGGUUAAAAUAUGGAAUACUCAUUACCACUUUGGCAGAU